AUGAAGAAAGGUGGCUUAACUGGACCAGCCCUCAAACUGUCUGAUAAAGUGACAGCCAUCAAAACAAUCUGUGAUGAGUAUCUCACUCUUCCGGGCCCUCGAUGGGUACCCAUCAUCAAGCAUGGCCUUCGAUGGAAGUUGACGCCUAUGGGACGAGAUGCCAUAGGACAGUGGUGGUAUACAGGCCUGACUACGGAAAUCGACCCAACUAUCUGGUACAACAUGGCUAAGCCCAUCAACCGCCCAGCCUACAACCGAUGGCAUCAAUCCUAUAUCCGGAGGGAGCAGCAGUUCCCCCCUGCCUACACCCAGCGUCUUCGAGAAAGUCCCUGGUUCGAUCCUAUACUCCCUGCCCAGUACAUGGAUUCCAACACCCGCUGGGGGAGCUUUAGGUGGCAGGACAAGCACUUCCCCGGAAAGGAGUUUGUUGUUAACAGGACUCGCUUUGGGAUUUCACCGGGCAGAGGCUCCGAUUAUGUUCCCUUACUGUCUGAAGCAAAUCGGCCUCACUAUACCAUCCAGAACUACCGGACAUGGAACUUAGAGCCCUAUUCCCUGACCUCCAACCUGUGGCCCCGACCUGUUCCCAGACUCAAACAUUAA